AUGGCUGCUCUGUGGACUCUCUCUCUCUCUCUGCUGCUCUCCACCUGUUGUCUGACGGGAUGUUUGGGCCUGACCCUGCCUGCAGAGCGCCCUCAGUCCCACAACCGGCCCACCUCACUGGGCUUCAACAGCAGCGAUGGCGGCCGGUCCGUUGACGUGCCCGCAGCUCUGAGGGUUUUCAGCGUGGACUACCACCAUGUGCAGGCUCCCUUUGAGAUCGUGCUCUGGAUCAUGCUGGCCUCACUGGCCAAACUCGGUUUCCACUGGUCCGGUCGAGUCCCUGCCAUCGUCCCGGAGAGCUGUCUCCUCAUCAUGGUGGGCCUCCUGGUGGGAGGUGUGAUAUACGGCGUCCGGCACUCGGCUCCCCCGACCCUCAGCGCCGAUUCUUUCUUCCUCUUUCUGCUCCCGCCCAUUGUCCUGGACGCAGGAUACUUCCUGCCAGGGAGGCUCUUCUUUGAAAACCUCGGUACCAUCCUCUGGUAUGCAGUGCUGGGGACCCUGUGGAACGUGCUGGGCAUCGGCCUGUCCCUGUACGGUGUGUGUCUGCUGGCCCAGAGCACCCUGGGAGACGUCACUCUCCUUCACUGCCUGCUGUUCGGCUCACUGAUCGCUGCCGUCGACCCCGUGGCCGUGCUCUCCGUCUUCCAGGAGAUGCAUGUCAACGAACAGCUGCACAUCCUGGUGUUUGGGGAGUCGCUGCUCAACGAUGCUGUCACUGUGGUGCUCUACAAGCUCUUUGAGUCCUUCCUCCGCCUUCCGUCGGUGUCGGGACUGGACGUGCUGCUGGGUGGAUGCAGGGUGGUGGUGGUGGGCCUCGGCGGCCUGUGUGUAGGCCUCUUCUUCGGCCUGGUGGCAGCCCUCACCACGCGGUUCACCUCCAGAGCCCAGGUCAUCGCCCCGCUCUUCGUCUUCCUCUACUCGUACUUGUCCUACCUGACCUCAGAGAUGCUUCACCUCUCUGGCAUCAUGGCCAUAGUGACGUGUGCCGUCACCAUGAAACAGUACGUGGAGGCUAACGUGUCCGAGCGCAGCAACACCAGCAUCCAGUACUUCCUGAAGAUGUGGAGCAGUGUCAGUGAAACCUUAAUCUUCAUCUUCCUGGGUGUGUCCACCAUACAGGACGUCCAUAUGUGGAGCUGGCCCUUUGUCGUCUCCACAUUGCUGCUCUGCCUCAUAUGGAGGGCCUCGGGUGUUCUGCUGCUGACUGCUGUGGUGAACAAGCUCCGGAGGAAUGCCGUGACCUUCCGGGAUCAGUUCAUCAUCGCCUACGGCGGCCUGAGAGGGGCGAUCUGUUUCUCCUUGGUCUUCCUCAUCGACGACUUCCCGAAGAAAAGACUCUUCAUCACGACGACCAUCGUGGUCAUUCUCUUCACUGUCUUUGUACAGGGGAUGACCAUAAAGCCUCUGGUAGAGCUACUGGACGUGAAGAGGAAGAAGAGAGCUCCGCCGACCGUCAGUGAGGAGAUCCACAGCAGGCUCAUUGAUCACCUGCUGGCUGGAAUAGAGGAUGUGAUUGGUUACUGGGGGCAGCACUACUGGAAAGACAAGUUUGAGCAGUUCAACAAAAAGUACCUUCGACGUUUCCUGAUCCGCGAGGACCGCCAAGCUCGCUCCAGCAUCCUCAGAGUUUACCAGGAGCUGGAGAGAAGGGAGCAGCGGGGGGCUGAGGAGGCACCACCACUAGUGGACCCUCGCUCCCAAAGCCGUCCUCUCUUACCGGAGGAGAUGGACAGCAUCCGACGUAUCCUCUCCACAAACCUGCAAAACUUCAACAAAAAGAUGCCGGCCUACAGCAGACACACGCUGCACCAGGACGCCGCCGCCCACAGAACGAGGAGGCCUCUUCACAGACACCAGAGUCUGGGAGAGAGGUCCACCCACGAUACCAUCACACACCCGUCACAGGAGGAUCGAGAGUUCGAUGGAUUACACAGAGUGAGAGCAGGACUCAGCAGGUCUCACACAGUGUGCUCCACGAGCCCGAGGCCCGUCCUCCUGGAUCCAUCGGUCCCCGCAGCCUCGGCACAGGGCGGCCCACUGGAUCCCAGAUCUUCAGCCGCCGGAGAGGAUCGGAUCUCGGCACGGCAUCAAGCACCCGAGGGAAGAUCCCCGCGGAAACAACUCGGCUUCGUCUUGGAGAACGAGAAGCAGCAGUGAGAGGGACAGACUGUGAGACGGAACAAAAAAAGGAGAAAUGUAAAGCAAUGAAUCCAGCUAUUUUGAAAUGGCUCCAUAAAGUGACAAGGUACUCUUUGUGUGGUGCAAGGCCGGGUUUAUGAAA